AUGCGGCUCACCCUUGUCCCUCCGAGCGCGUACCCCGUGCCACCACUCCUCCAAUCUCACGUCCUCGACCCGCCAACCCUCCCACCGCCGCGCUCGCUGCGCACCCCGCCCGCCUGGGUCAAGGCGAAGAAGGCGCUGAACGAGGUCGGGUUGCAACUGCCGAGUUACUUAGCGGCGGACAGGGCGUUGUGGUGGCAGGUCGCGGUGACCGAGGUCGAGUGGAACCUCGAGGAGGAGGAAAUUGUCGUCAAGUUUGUCGAUGGCGCGGAGGAGCGAUGGGCUCUUGACGGCGGGAGAACCUUGUCGAACGAGCUCGUGAUUGACAGCGAGGUCGCCGACGGCGUGACGGCGACUCCACCUGCGCCGACCCAGCCGCAACCCAAGUCUCGCUGGUCACCUCGGAACGUCCUCGCCCGCCUCCGCGACCUGUCGCACGAGCUGCGCUCCGCCUACGAAGACCUCGGCACUUCCUCUGCUCACGACCCGCUCGCGCCCGACAUCUCCAGCGAGUCCGACUACCUCCUCCUCAUGCAACUGUCGGCGAAACCGGCCCAGCAAGUCCCGUUCGAGUGGGCGGACGCGCAGACGUUGUACGAGUACGCGAUGGAGGGCUUGAUUGACGAGGACGAGCUGGAUGCGGACGAGGGAGUCGCGAAGAAGAGGCCGUCGUCGGACGGACCUUCUCAACCUGGAUCCGACGGCGUCGACAGUCCUUCGCGCGACUCGCACGGCAAGUUCCACUCGAGGCGUCGUCCGACACGCACGAAGGCGUCAGCGAGUGGUGAGGCGAGCGCAGGUCGUCCACCGCAUGACCACCUCUCGACCAUCCACCUCCUCUCGACCAUCCGCACUUUCCUCCUCGACCUCUUCGCACACAUCAUCAUCCCCCACCUCCAGCAGACGAUGCCUCCGACGUAUACGCUCUGGACUGCCGACGCUGCCAUCGUCUGGUGCCGCCGCGAAGCCGUCAAAGAGGGCGCCCAAGUCGCGGACCUCAUCCUCGAGUUGCUCGACGACGACGGCGACGCCUUCGAUGCGGCGCACGACGACGACAAGGACGAGAAGAUGGACGACAUUUUCGUCGAGGACGACGCAGUUUUCCUGUACGGCGAGGCGGGAGUCGCGCGAGAGCAGGCGGAGGAAGAAGCGAAGCAGGAGCGGCUCGCGACGAACCCGCUUCGCUCGAUGAGGGACGACUUUGCGCUUAGGAGCUGGUGUGAGUCGGCGCUUGACCGGCACCGCGCGAUGGACGACUUGGAGUGGGACGAGGUGACGGGGAAACCGUUGUGGAUCAAGCCAGUCGCGUCGUGGGACGUCUCGAAGCCGGCUGAUGGGGAGGGGAGCGACCUCGAGGACAGUGCUGGCGGACUAUCGUUCGGUUUCGGCGGCGCAUCAGCUUCGUCGCGUCGGUUCGCCGGCAGCUAUCCCUCGCCGCCGACUUCGCCCCCUCUCGUCGACGACAUCCCCGUCCUACCUCGCCCGCACUUCCGCUCCUUCUCGACUUCUCCCGACUCAGACGCGACCGACGAAGAAGACGCAGCGAGCGAGCCCGACUUCUUCGCCUCCUCGACUUCGGCAGACCAGUACCGUCCCGAGUUCUUCCGCCCGGAAGACCUCGUCGGCGAGCAGUUCUUGCCGCCCAAGCUGCCGAAGGAAUUGCUUGUCGCGACGGGAGACAGGGGACCAGAGAUGGAGGUGCAGAGGAGGAGCGUCGUCGAGCUGCUGAACGAGAUCGCUGGGCUGCAGAAGAAGAUCUACGAGCUUCAGCAAUUCGUCAGCAAGGAGGCGGGCGUGUGGGAGGAGGCGAGGGCGGAAGAGCGGAAGGGCAAACCCGCCGACUCUGAUGCGCAUGCGGUGUCGGGCCUGCGCUCGCCUCGACCGUCCGCGACUUCCCCUCCUCCGCCCAUGAACAGCAACAAGACGAUCCCGCUCCGUGCCCAGCCGCUUCGCCACCAGACCGCCGACCGCCGCCUCUCGUCCGCCCUGCAUACCGCACUCAACAGCAUCGCACCGAGCGAGCAAGACCGCAGCUCGAUGCUCAAGAAGGUCAAGUUGCCGAAGUCGCAGUCUGCAACGCCCAAGCCGAGGAAGCGGCAGAAAUUUAACCUCGAGAACUACAAGCGGGUCCAGGCAUUGUCGACGAUGGUGCGCGCAGAUCCGCCGGAGCAGCAAGAUGGAUCGACGAGGAAGAAGAAGCGCAAGAGGGAGCGGCACGACGAGGCGGGACGGGGAGGGGCCUUCUCCCCGACACAGAACGCCCUUCGCCUGCGUGCAGCGAUCGAAGGGUCGACGCCGCCGACAGCGAAGAAACCGCGUAAGGUCAGAUCAAUCAAGCGCGAGGCGGCGAGCGAGAACGUCCUCGCUUCCCCUUCGCCCAUCCUUCGCCCUCCGGUCCCGCCUGCACCUCGACGCUCAGUCUCGGCAGGUGUAGCCUCAUCAGCUGCGCCGAGCGACCGGCACCGCACCGUCAUCGAGCUCAGCGAACGAAGGCGCCGCUCGCUGUCCGAUGCGAGCCGCUUGGCUCCGGUGAUGCUGCCCUCGCUGCCCGUCUCGGCCGUCCGCACUGGCGUCGAAGAAGGUGCCGGAGGAGCCGGUGAGGUCGAGGAGGAAGAGGCUGACGACGAGUUCGAGGAAGUCGAGGUCGGCGCGAAGUUCGCGGAGGAAGACGAGCUGGCUGACUGGGAUGCGCCGGUGACUGCGCCGUCCCUCGCCUGGGCAAGCUCGCGAGCUUUGCACGGGGGAGAUGAAGGUGUCGAGGAAGAGAAAGAGGAGGAGGACGAGCCCUUCGGUGUCGAAUUCGAGGCGCCGACCCGCCCUUCCUCACCUGUGCCCCGACAACCCGGUCCGCCACCGUCUACGACUUCAUUCGGCAUCCAUACUCCACUUUCGCCGACCUCUCUUGCCUCGACGUCUGCCCAACCGGCCAAUUGCCUUCUGCCUACCCCGGUCACUCCGUUGCGACCUCGUAUCGAGCGGUCCAUCCCCUUCACGCCCGUCUCGCCUCAGCUCUUCAUAUCGCCGGACUUGCUCCAGCCUGUCGCUCGCCGUCCGACUCAAGCGAUUGACGUCUCGCCCACUCCCACGGCCAGAACGACUCCGCCUGCGCACUCGUCGUCUGCGGCGGCGUCGAGUCCGUCGGGUCUCGCGCAGCGUCUUCGCAACACACUCGCCGCCGCAGCCGCCGACCCGUGCCCAGCGAGCAACCGGCACGCAGAUGACCGCGUCGAGGUUGGCGAGGAGGCCGAAUUGGGCGAGCAGGGAAGCGAGGAGGAGCUGUGCGGGUAG